ACCAGCGCCGCCUAGUGGUAAGAUCGGAGAGCUGUGGCUGAACGUCAGCCUUGGAACAGCCACCCACCCCUUGCAACGCUCAAGGCCCUAAACCUGGUCACUAACCCAGGACAGUCUCCAUCACCACCUAGAAGCCCUCGGAUUCUCAGAUUUUCUGUGUAAAAGUUUCUUCCAAGAACAGGCUCACUGAGAUAGAGGCUGAGUGAGCAGACAGCCGCAGACCGGAGGGAGUCUAUGAAUAUCCUAACUCCAAGAACGAGAGUUGCGUGUGAACACAGAGGAACAAGCAGGAACUGGUGCUCAUACGUGGUGACCCGCACCAUCUCGUGCCAUGUGCAGAACGGCACCUACCUUCAGCGUGUCCUGCAGAAUUGCCCCUGGCCUAUGAGCUGCCCUGGGAACAGCUACAGAACUGUGGUGAGACCCACAUACAAGGUGAUGUACAAGACGGUGACAGCCCGCGAGUGGAGGUGCUGCCCUGGGCACACGGGGGCGAGCUGCGAGGAAGUUGCAGGCUCCUCUGGCUUCGUGGAGCCCAGCUGGUCAGGCAUUGCCAUGCGGCGGAUGGCACUUCGGCCCACGGCCUUCUCAGGUUGUCUCAACUGCAGCAAAGUGGCAGAGCUGACAGAGCGGCUGAAGGUGCUGGAGGCCAAGGUGGCGGUGCUGACUGUCACCGAGCGGGCAGUGCCCCCAACCCUGGCUGCCCCUGAGGACUCUGCCCUACUCUGGGGCUCCCCAGCUGCCCAGGGCAGUCCGGGGGAUAAAGGCCUCCGAGAUGGAGUUGGUGCCCGGGGGUUUCCUGGGCCCACUGGCCCUAAGGGAGACCCUGGCAGCCGGGGCCCGAUGGGGAUGAGAGGCCCGCCAGGUCUGCAGGGCCCCCCAGGUAGCCCUGGCCAGGCCGGAGCUGUGGGCACCCCUGGAGAGAGGGGACCUCCAGGCCCCCCAGGGCCUCCUGGCCCCCCUGGCCCCCCAUUCCCUGUUGGACCACCCUCCGCCCGGAUGUCCCAGCGUGGAGACCCAUUUCUGUCCAACACCUUCACUGAGACCAACAGCCACUGGCCCCAGGGACCAGCUGGGCCCCCAGGCCCCCCAGGGCCCAUGGGUCCUCCUGGACCUCCUGGUCCCAUGGGCAUGCCUGGGAGUCCUGGACAUAUGGGACCCCCAGGCCCCACUGGACCCAAAGGAAUCUCCGGCCACCCAGGAGAGAAGGGCGAGAGAGGACUGCGUGGGGAGCCUGGCCCCCAAGGCUCCGUGGGGCAUCAGGGAGAACCUGGCCCCAAAGGAGACCCUGGUGAGAAGAGCCACUGGAACCAGAGGGGUCAGGGGCAGGCCCUGCCGGCAUGGGCACCCCCAGCUUCCUGCGGGGCAAGAGGGGAGGAUACUCCGCCAACUACCGGAUCGUGGCCCCCAGGAGCCGAAAUGAGAGAGACUGAGGGGGGGGGGUGGCCCCAUGGGGAGGGCCAGGCCAGUCUUCCCUUCUCAGCCUGGACUUGGCCAGCUGCCUCCAGGGUCCACUGGUCCCUAUUUAUUAAUAUCCUCAGGGUCCCUUCUGCCACCUAGGCCUUUGGGGUGGGCAGGUCUUGGUCCUGGCAGUCCACACACAUCUGCCUCCUCUGAGGCUGAGCAGGGACUGGGGCCCAGGCGAGAGGUGAGACCCUGCUCAGGGCUCCUGGCCUCAGUUUCCCUCUGUGAAAUGGGUGAUGCAGGCCUGUGGGCAGGGGUGGCAGGUUUGCAGCAUCCAUCUUCUUGUUAACUGCCCGGCCAUCCAGGCCCCAAGCAACUGAGGGAGUGGAGGCUGGGGCUCUCUCUGCCGGUCUCCUUCCCCCCUUCCCCAGCCAAACCUUUACCCUCCUCUCCUUGUUUCUGGUGCUGGAUUCCUGGCCCUGAGGUCAAGUUGCCUGAUCUGACUGGACAUUCAGGGCUCCUUGUCUCAGUUCUGACCCUUGAAUCACUCUGUCCCUCCCAUGUCCCAGGGGGAAGGGGGCAUGGAGAGGGAGGGGCCACCUGCUCCCACCACCCUUUGUGACAGACACCAGGAGGUAGAUGUGUAUCAGCCAAUAAAGGCCCCCAGCCUGAA